AUGCACGUCCUUGCCACCCUCUCUACCCUCCUCGCGACCUUCACCCUUGCCCAGGCGGUCCCCUUCGACCGCGCCGCCAUCGUCGCCGCCAACCAGGCCCGCCAGUCCGCCUACGUCGCCUCCUCGCGCGCCUCGGUCGCGUCGGUCGCGUCGGUCGCCUCGGUCGCGUCGGUCGCCUCUGCCGAGGCCGCCUGGCACUCGAGCAUCUCGAGCAUGCGCAACGCCGUCGUCGCGUCGAACCAGGCCAAGCAGUCGACGUACGUGAGCUCGUCGAGGGCCGCCGCCGCCGCCGCCGCCGCCGCCACAGCCUCGGCCGCCCCGACGCCGAGCGGGUUCGUCACGGUGCCGGCGAGCCAGCGCCCGACAGCGACCGCCGCUCCCUCGGCCCCGGCCUCGUCGUCGGCCGCGCCGCCGCUCGACCCGCCGCCGGUGCUCUCUUGCGCGCCCGACGACACCUUGUGCUUGGCCAUGAUCGGGGGCGCGAACGCCUUCGUCAGGCUGAAGGAGCUAGAGAGCCAGUACGAGGCAACGUGCACCGGCGGCAAGGCGGACUAUUGCACGGGCCCGCACGCCCAGCCGACGGCGGCAUCGUCGUCGCGUUCGUAG